UUACCUUUGAAUCUUCCAAUUAAAAACAAAUUUUAUACAUGUGUUACUACAAUACAAUCUUCAGUAAACCCACAUAAAAUUUUCACUAUCGUUGUCGUCCCCUUCUCACCAAAGUCUCAAAGUGAUUUAACGCUCUCUUUUUCCAUAAAAACAAUAAUAUGCGCGUUUGAACUCGCUUCACUAAUUUUGUAUAAGUCGAACUGUUCGAACUCAUAUUGUUUCUUCAGUCUUUUUUCUUUCGGAUACCACUCGAAUAUAGUGUUCACAAUUAUUAGUAAAAACAUCAGUGAAAUUAUGAAAAUAAGUAUGAAGACUAAAACGAAUUCACCAUUAAUUUUAACACUUUUAAUUUUAUUAAUGAUUGGCGUAACGGUUAGUGACGAUGACAAAUGGGUGUGGGGUAGAUCGAAUGAUCAAUCGCGGGCAGACUCAAGAAUUGGUACAGUACCAUCCGGUGACGUUUCUUAUGUGGCCAGGCCUAUUUUACGCGAUCCAAACGGUCGUAGACCAAAUUUACUUUUCCAACCAGCAAACAAUCCACGUCUCGAAAAUAAGCGUUACAGAGAUGAGCCAUUAAGAGGGCCGAGGUAUGAAGUUAAUGAAGACUUUUUGCCUGAUAGAGAACCUUUAAUACCGCAACCUGCCAACCACGUAUCGGAAGCAUUUGCUAAUCGACCAGUCCGACCAUUAAGUGGAGCAGGACCCAUUUACCAACCAACUCCAGCACUAAAACCUCAAAGACCUUUAGAACUAGCUAACAUACCUCUUAGACGACCGAUAGCUGGAGCAAGUGAGCCACAAGGAGCUACCGUUGGGAUACUCACUGGUCCUGUACCAUCGUGGCAAGGACCAGUGCCACACAGAAAUGGAGACCCGACUAACUUCGAAAAAUGCAAAUGUUCGUUUUCAUUUAAUUGUAAAUCACCAGGUAUAAAGUUUGGAAGUUGUGACCAAGGAAAACAAUACUGCUGUUACAAUGAUUUUGACGAUUUCAAUGCGGCUAUCAAAGACGUAGGAGGAGAUCGUAGCGAACCAGUACCAUCAGUGUUAGUAGGUCCAGGAGCUAACAGGCCUGGCUUAAGGCCAGGUAUUUACGGUCAGGUGCCCAACAACAAUGAAUUUAUUAAUCGACAAGGAUUUUUGAACAACAAUGGUUUUUCAGAAGAACUCUCAAUCAACCAAAGACCAUUUGAUUAUGGAAGUAAACCAUUUAUAAUUCCACGGGAGUUUUAAUAAGGCUUCUAUCUUGUGUUAGAAAUAAAAGUAUUCAUUGUUUUCUAGUACAUUUUUGAAAGAAAAUAUUAUUUUGACAUUAAUUUAUUUCAAGUAAUUAAGACGCUUCAUGAAAAUUAAUUCUGUAGAAUAUUUUUAAUUACUAUGUAAAAUAUUUCUAGAAUAUUAUUUAAUAUCACUGCGUAUCUGUAUGGAUAUGUUAAUAUCGUAUGUCUAAUAUAUAAAACUACGCUAUAAAAUUAAUAUACACUAUGUGUAUUACUAUUCUUUUCAUUAUUACUAUCA